UGCCGCAUAGCCUCGUUAUCCCAGGUCCCCGCGGCGCAGGGCCACGCUCACAGCCCGGGCCACACCAUGAAGUCAGUAAAGAAGGAGUCCCGCUUGAGAAUACCCGCAAGCAGAUUCUUGGAGGCCGCAGAACUCAUUAAAGAAAGGAAGCGGGCAAAGGUACCUGAGCAGCUCACACCCCCCAUUCAGGAAGAACCUGAGCCUGUUAGCAGUGUCCUACAAGGGGGUGACAUCCUGGCCUUAGCCAUUAAAAAGGAAGACUUGAAGAAGCAACACAUUCCUCGCUUUAUUGAGACACAAGAUAGACCUGUCGUCACCCAGAAAUUUAUCAUCCGUAAACUCAAACCCAAGGAUCAUAAGAGGAAGGUCUGCCACUUAGUAGCAUAUCCUGCUACUCCAGAUGCAGCCACGAAGCCCCUGGACUACUCUGGUCCGGGUGACAGCUUCCAUGGCUGUGACCAGAUUCUGCCUCACCACAUCUUGGGGAGUCUCCAGGACUUUAAGAGAAUUGCAGUUGCUCGAGGAAACAUCCAGCUGGCUGAGCUCAUACGCACCCCGCCCUGUCUGGUGACCCUCAUCUCAGCUAAAGAGGAGCCAAAGCGGAAAGCCCCAAAAGAAGAGAAGGAGAAGGCGCAUCCCUGGGCCCCGCCUCCUCAGCACAACUUUCUCAAAAACUGGCGGCGCAACCUAGCCUUGCGGAAGCAGCAGCAGGAAGCCCUGAGUGAACGCCUCAAGAAGCCGGUGGGCGAGCUGCUUAUGCACACUGGGGAGGCCUACAGGCAGAUCCAGGAGGAGCGGGAGCUCAUUGACCGAGCGCUUCCGACACAGCAUGAUGGGAAGAGCUGUGAGGAGACCAGUGGGUUCUGGAGUCGACUGGAAUACUUGGGAGAUGAAAUGACGGGUCUGGUAAUGACAAAGACCAAAGCUCAGCGUGGCCUCCUGGAACCGAUCACUCACGUCAGGAAGCCCCACUGCAUCCAGGCGGAGACAGGACUGCCGGCCCAGAAGGAUGCUUGGUACCGCUACACCUGGGAUCGGAGUCUGUUCCUGAUCUACCGACGCAAGGAGCUGCAGAGCGUCAUGGCAGAGCUGGACUUCAGCCAGCAGGAUAUCGAUGGCCUGGAGGUGGUGGGCAGAGGGCAGCCUUUCUCGACCGUUACCGUGGAAGACUAUCCAGUAUUCGAUAGGAGCCAAGAAAGUUCCUCUGAAGACACAGGGCCCUCAGACUCAUUGGCCAGUUACCCUGACGAUGUCCCCAUGCCUGUUCUUGGCCCUUCUCUGCUGUUCUGUGGGAAGCCAGCCUGCUGGAUCAGAGGCCGUAACCCAGAAGACAAGAAGCGUGUUGGCAUCGCUGUUCGCUUGACCUUCGAAACUCUAGAAAGGGAGAAGACCUCUUCGGAACUGACCGUGGUCAAUAAUGGCACCGUGGCCAUUUGGUACAACUGGCGGAGGCGGUCUCAGCUGGACUCUUUCCAAGACCUGAAGAGAAACAGGAUGGAGCGGUUUUACUUUAACAAUCGAGAAGGUGUGAUUCUGCCUGGAGAAACGAAAACCUUUACCUUCUUCUUCAAGUCUCUGAAUGCUGGCAUCUUCAGGGAAUGUUGGGAGUUUGGAACCCACCCCGCCUUAUUAGGAGGUGCUCUCCUGCAGGUCAACCUCCGCGCAGUCUCCCUGACCCAGGAUGUUUUCAGGGAAGAGAGGAAGUUACUGAAGGACAAGCUGGCUGCCCACGAAGCGGUCACCAUUGUGGACAGCGUGCUGCAGGAGCUGUUGAGUGGGAUCCUGACCCCAGAGCGUGCGCCGUCCCCCGUGGACGCCUAUCUCACUGAGGAGGACUUGUUCCGCCACAGAAAUCCUCAGCUGCAUUACCAGCACCAAGUGGUGCAAAACCUGCACAGGCUGUGGCGCCAGUACCUCACCCUGCCCCCCAAGGCCGAGGAGGCCAGGCCCAGUGAGGAGGAGCGCCACAGCCCCAGGGCCCGGGCUGCCUACUUGGAGAAGGCCUCCGUGAACGUGGAGCCCUCGGCACACUCUAAGAGCCCAGUCUCAGAAUCCCAAGUGCCCUGGCAGGAGAGUGAGGCCUUCAGGGACUCCCGAGACGCUUUAGGGUCCCAGAAGCCUGGAGCGGGGGCUCAGAGUUCUCAGCGGAAGAGCAUUAUGGAGGAGAUCCUGGUGGAGGAGAGCCCAGACCUGGGGAGCACCAAGAGCCCCUGGGAGCUGGAUGGCCUUCCCCCACCUGAGUGGAACCUCUGUUUGGAGGAUUUCGGAAAGGCAGUGAUGGCACUCCCUGAGGAGAGCCAGAGGGAGGACGUCCUCAUCGAGCUCAACAAAGCAGCCCUGGAGCUGUGCCAGGAACCGAGGCCCCUGCAAUCUGACUUGCUGCACCAGAUGUGUUUGCAGCUAUGGCGGGAUGUGAUUGAUGGCCUGGUGGGCCAUUCCCUGUGGCUGAGGGCUCUGCUGGGCCUGCCUGAGAAGGAGACCAUCUAUUUGGACCUACCAGAAGAGCAAGAUCGCAAGUCCCCGCCCGUCACAGAAGUGAAAGUGACUGCCGGGAAGGUUGGGAAGGAGGACCGGAAAGGGGCAGCCCAGGAAAAGAAGCAGCUGGGAAUCAGAGAGAAAGAGGAUAGAAAACCUGCCAAGCUGCCGGGGAAAGAGGAUCGUUUAAACAGCAAGAAGCACAAGGCAAAGGAUGACAAGAAACCGCUGAAGUCUUCAAGUCGGGACAGGGUUUCCUUGGAAGACCCUGCCCCUGACAGCAUUAUGACCUCCCAGGAACCCACAGACCCCCUGGUCAUGAAGAAAUACACCGAGAGGCUGCACACGGAGCUAGGUAGCCGCGAUUGCAUCAUACAUUGUGGUAACGCUCCGGAUCCCAUUUGAUCAGAAGUUCCAUUUGCUACUGGUGACAUCACUGUGAUUUCUGAAGGCUGAUGGGGUUUAGAGAGUAAUCAUAGGGCUCUUUGAAAUAAAGAAUCAGCUUGCCGAGGCUCAUGUGGUCCGGCCCCACGGGAGGGCUUGGUCCUGGAGACAUUUCGGUAUGUGGAUCUGUGAUCUCACAGGAAGGAUCUUACACCCCCGAUGGCCAGGGUGGAACUGGACUGCCCCACUGUUCCUUGGAAUUGCCUCUUCAACCACCCCAGGCUCUAAG